UUCCAUGCCCUGGUGUAACCAACGGGUGACCAGAAUCAAAUUACUUUUCUUUACUGAUAUUUCUUCCCCGAUUCUGCCUUUCAGUUCUGAAGCUGCUACCGCUAGGGUUCGCACUUUUAAGUCUUCAGGAGUCCUCUUCGUCCAUUACCAUAUAGUGGAAUUGGAAGAUGAAGCUCAAGCAGUUAGAGGGUUAUCUCGGAAAUCUUGAACAGUUCCCUAAUCCAAAGAUAGAGCUGGAACAAUACCCGACAGGACCUCACAUUGCAUCUCGUAUGGUGUUCACGGCUGAGAAUUCAUUUGGAGAUAUAGGUGGGAAGGUUGUCGCCGACUAUGGUUGUGGUUGUGGUACAUUAAGUGUUGCAGCUGCUCUUUUAAGUGCAGAGUAUGUCAUGGGAAUUGACAUUGACCCACAAUCUCUUGAAAUUGCCUCCCUCAAUGCAGAGGAUCUUGAGUUGGACAUAAAUCUUAUCCAGUCUGACAUCAGGAAUUCAGCAUGGAGAGGGAGUGUAGUUGACACCAUCAUAAUGAAUCCUCCAUUUGGAACUCGGAAAAAGGGGGCUGAUAUGGAUUUUCUGUUCAUGGCUUUGAAGGUUGCCUCUCAAGCAGUCUAUUCUUUGCACAAGACCACAACAAGAGAGCAUGUGAAAAGGACAGCCUUGCGGGAUUUCAAUACUAAAAGUGCUGAGGUUUUAUGCGAGCUUCGGUUUGAUGUGCCGCAACUGUACAAAUUUCAUAAAAAGAAGGAGGUUGAUAUUGCUGUGGACCUCUGGCGGUUUGUUCCAUAGAUGAAAUGAGAAAGACCUCCCAAUUCUCUAUUGUGCUGGCAGCUUUGAUGAACUUACUAAGGAGGUUGGAUGGGCUUCUUGUAUUUAUCUAUCAAAACAAGUCCUUGCAGCAUUUGGUUCUGCUUUGGCUGGUAGUGAGAUCGGGAUUGAAGCCAGGGGGCUCCUUCAAGGAAUGGAAGCAUGUAGGAGGUGGGAAUUCUGUUCUGUAGAGGCUUGCACAGGAUCCAAGAACUUGGUGUCUUUAAUUCUUAAAAAAAGAAUGGAAGAUACGUUUUUAACAUUUCUUUUGGUUGUAAUGACGCUUCAAGCUUUAAUCUGUGAAGUUGUGACAUUGAUGUGGUGGGAACCAUGGGCUUUCUAGCUAAGCAAGCAAGGAUAGAGAAGUGGAAUUUUUUUUUCU